AUGACACGCACAUGCCCCGCAUCUGUCAUCGCUGGUGUAGCCUGUAUCCACCGCCACGCGGUUGCCACCUUUAGCGCUGAAGCGGUCUUGGAUCCACCUAGUCCAUGUGCAUUCGAAGACGCCGAAGAAAUCAUACCCGCUGCUGAUUCAUAUACGUCCGAUUACUACUUUGAUCCGCAUCAUACAACAUCAUCGACAUUCGAAAACUGUCCUUCAGUUGAUGUCCAGGACAGAGCAAAGGAAGAGUUCAACCAAUUUGACACUAACAACGACCCGGAGUGCAUUAGAGUGAUGUGGCAAUCCAUUGAAAAGACGAUGGAAGAAAUCCGGCUAGGUAGCUCCAAAGCUGCUUUGGUCACAAGAAAGAGCAUGCAAAAAGAUGGUAAGAAACCCGCACCUACACCAAUACAGGCUUUCAAGACGGUAUGCUUGAAAGAGUUGUUUGCUGGCUGCCCAAAGGAAUACAUACAUAUAAUGUUUUACAUAGAUUCCCUAAAAUAUCAUGACAAACCCAACUAUGCAGUUAUACGCGGUCUUCUUCGUGAUGCUCUGGAUUCCAACGCACUUUCUGAGUAUCCUUACGACUGGGAGCCAGCUGCCGCGGCAUCAAAAGCAAAGACGCCAGACAAACCUCCAGCUGAGCAAAAUGCGAAGCCUCAGUGA